CCUUAUACUGCAGAGGGGUUCCCUUCCUUCUCUUCCAUUUCUCGCCCUUAUAUUUUCUCCUUGCGAACUCUCUCACUCUCUCCGUUCACCAUCGGCUCGUCAAUUUCUUGCAUUUUCUUGGCCAUUUUCCUUCCCGCCAAACACUCCGAAUCUCCCUCCCGCCUGCUCCGAUUCCCGCAGAUAUCCCGACGUCCUCCCUGUUCUUGAACCGAUCUCUGCUCGCGCCUCCACUGAGACAUCUGGCGCUCUAGUGGAUUUGUAUUUCUGAUGUCAAUUGCAAAACCUACGACCUCAGACUCUCUGUAUGCUAUGAAAUCAGGGGAGGAAAAUGAUUCCAUUGACACUAUCAUCAGACAAGUUGCGAAAGAGCCAUCUAUUUCUUUCUCAAGGGCCGGGGAUAGCCCAGUCCCGUGGAUUCAGCUACUUCAUGCCUUAGAUCAACAAGAACUUCCAGGUUGGCCUCUGCACUCUCCUAUUAAAGUGCAAAUGCAAAAGUGUGACAAAUGCCCACGAGAGUUUUUCUCAUCCAUCAACUACAGAAGACACAUACGUGUACACCAUCGGUUGAAAAAGCUUGAUAAGGAUUCUUCUAAAAAUAGGGAGCUUCUACGUGAAUUUUGGGACAAGCUCUCGCCAGAAGAGGCAAAAGAAGUUGUAUCAUUCAAUGAUGUGACUUUAGAGGAAGUUCCAGGGUCUUCAAUUAUAAAGGCAUUGACAAUUCUUAUACGGAAACCGGGAUUUUCUUCUUUGCCCCACAUUUGUUUGAAGGCUGGUUCUGCCCUUCUGGAUAUUGUUCAAGCUAGACCUUCCAGGUUUCCCAUAUCAUCCCAGGAGUUAUUUUCUAUCCUCGAUGAUGCAAGUGAAAAGACGUUUCUGUGUGGGACAGCCAUAUCAAUGCAGAGAUAUGUUUUUGAUGGGGAGGCUGGGAAAAUUGGCCUUGAAUCAAAAAACUUAGUUGCUUGUACAAGCUUCCUGGUGGAACAGAUAUUGUUGAAAGCCUGGCAUGCUGACAAGGAUGCGGAAGCUUUGAGGUUACAGAAGUUGCUAGUGGAGGAAGAAGAAGCUGCUCAAAGAAGGCAAGAAGAGCUCUUGGAAAGGAAAAGGCUGAAGAAGCUUAGGCAGAAAGAACAGAAGGAAAAGGAUCAAAGACAUGGGGAGAAGGUUGAUGUUAAGGAGAACAUUGAUGAAACUCUGGAGGCUGUGCCACUCGUAGAAACAUCUAGUCCUUCAGCAACAUUUGAUUCUGACACGGCCAGUUCGGAUGCGCUGGAUCAUGCCCGCUUAUCACUUGAACCAUUCCACUUCUCAAAUACGGGUGAAAAUGCAGAUCUCGAAUCUCAGACUGGAGUUAGCUUUGGACAUGUUGAUUCGGCGAGUGGACCAAAUGUUGAAAGGCAGCUGGUGCAAGGAAAUGGUAGUCGGCGUGCAGUUGCUCGAUGGCACAUGUCUCCAAAAUCACGGCGGGGUGUGCCCAAUCGAUUUCAUGAUGGCCAUAGUUCUCAAACAGUGAAGCAUUCAUCCAUCCAACACCACGGUAACCACAGGGAUGUAAGGGCUGCUUCCAGUGGCAAUAGAGUAUGGAGUCGAAAGCCUAAACCAGAAUAUGAUGGGGGGAGUUUGAAAGCUGGAGUACAGAAAGAAGCAUCUGAACCAGAUCAAAUCAAGAACCAUGAGGUUUUGAUUGGUUCUAUACCAGUCAAUCUUGGAAAUUUUUGCCAGGAAAGUAAUAAUCUGGCUGGUGUUCAUGAUGACCGUCCUUCGGAGAAAGGUCAAAUGCUAAAGGACAAUUCUCAGGAUAAAACCAAUAAACCUGAUCUGGUACAGAGUGGUACAAACCGGUCAACAGUGAAGCUUUGGAGGCCAGUGAGCUGGAAUGGAACAAGAGGUCCUACGCCAAUUCAUAAUGGCAGCAAAGAAUCUGACAUAAAUGUGGUAGCUGAAAAGGGCAACAGCCAAAGCCCUUACAGUGAAAAUUGUAAAAGAUCGUGUGUUGUGGAUGGCCAUAAUGAUGGAAACGGGAACGGCUCUACUCACCCCGAUGAAACACAAAGCCUGGGCUUCUCUAGCCGUGCGGCAGAAGAUUUUCUUGCUCAAAGGUGGAAGGAGGCUAUUGCUGCAGAUCAUGUGGAAUUGGUUCUAUUCCAAGACUCUGAACCUCCCAGAUGCCCAGACAAUCAAAAUGACGGUGAAGUAGGAGCGAAUCAUUCGUUGAAGUCUAAACGCAGCAUUCUUGGCAAUGCAGAAAACAGGCUUGUAGAUGGGGAGGCAUUUGAUUUGCCAACUGCUGGAGCUGCUAAAGUCAGGCGCAGGACGAAGCAGGACAAGGGUGUGAAGAUUAAGUACAUUCCGAAACAUAGCACAGUUGCCUAGUAAUAGAGGGUAAAGAGAUCGUUUUUCUUCUUUUUUUGGGGGUUAUACAGCAUGCACAGUUUAGCCAAUGAUUGUAUUCUUAGCAGCAGAAGGGUCCAGUUUUACCAGCGGUCUUCUGUCAGAAAAUCGAAGAAAAAGUUUUGGAAGAUAAGUUUUCUUUUUUUUUUUUUUUUUGUUAUAGUUCCCUCCUUUUCUCUUUGUCAUAGCAGAUUGAUUAGAGUAAGAUUCUUCUUCUCUUUGGCAGAAGUUUCUGUAAUGAAUUUGAUUUUUUGGUUUGAGCCGUCAUUGUCCGUUGCUAUGCAUUGUUUGUACCGUCUUGAUGAUGUCGUCAACGAGACCGACAGACCAAACGAGUUGGUUUGUGAAGGUUGCAUUUGUGAUGUCAUUUCAGGUUACAGCAUUUGAAGUUGUAAAGGGUGAGAUAUUCUCUCUAUAUUUUUGAUCAAAUUCGAUUGUGUAAACUUCGCAAUCGACUGAAUUUCCUCUGUUUUCGGGCUACCACAUGGGCUACAGGUGACCAAUUUCCAUGGGCCAAGCCAGUUGGCCCAGAAGAUUGCACCUCCCCGGCGCCUCUUCUUGCACAGCCUAUUAACCUUGCUUUUUGCUUUUCAGCUUAACGAGAAAUCAUAUUAGUCACCACCAAGUAAUCAUAAUGUCACGUGUUAAUCUAACUAUACGUAAUUUUGUGUUAUUAAAUCGAGACGUUACAGUAGCUGUGUAUCCGGUCCAUCCAUAUCCUUCUGGUACUAAUGUAUAUUACAACAAAUUUUGUUUUUAUAAUUAACAGUGCUGGCAUGCUCAGAUCUUUACCACAACAAUGCCAUCCUAUAAUCAAAUUAUUUCGUGGAUUGGAUUUCACUUGAUUGUCUACGGCUCAGCCACUUUGACUUGGACAAAAGCAUUUAAGAUAUAAAAUCAUGUCCGCUCCCUCUCCUGUCACCAAAACCUGUUUCCUGAAAUCCCUAUUACACUGCCACCUGUCCACCCUCCCCACCUUAUGCUUUUUACCCUAUCUUCUUCCUUUCUCCCCAUCUUUUCCUCUUUAACUCUCUAACCUUCUCCACUCUCUCACAACUCUCUCUGCAACCAAACCCUAACCCUAACCCUACUCUGUUUAAUCAACAGAAACGCAGAAAAAAAUGUCAGGUGGGGUUGGUCCAACCUGCGGUGACAUCAGCCUCCCCAAAGAACAAGAACAUGAAUUCAAAGAACACAACGACGAAACCUCCUCAAAACUCAGCUCCCACCAAAAGUCCCCAACUUCACACUCCACCGCCACCGCCUCUCCGCGCAAAGCCGGUGGCGGUCUGUUCUCCUUCCGGCAGCUCAACGCCCUCGCCGUCGUCGUCGUCCUCUCCGCCAGCGGCAUGGUAAGCCCCCAAGACUUCGCCUUCGUCUUCUUCUCCGUGAUCUACAUGCACAUCAUCUCCAAAGUUGCUUUCCCCAUCCUCGGUUCCUCCAGAGACCCCACCGUUUUCAACCCCAAAAACAAAGUCCUCCGCCUCUACGUCCUGACCGGCGCCGUCAUCGGCCUUCUGCUCCCCAUUGCCUACAUUUUGGAGGGCAUUUUCGAAGGCGAUAAACAGGCAUCAGCGCCGCUUCCCCGCACGUUUUUCUCCUUGCCAGUCAGGUGUUCAUGGAAGGAAUGGCUUUUGCCGACCGGUUUUCGACGCCCAUACGUGUCUUCGUGCCGGUUUUCUACAAUUCCAGGCGGAUUUUCACCAUCGUGGAUUGGCUGAGGAGUGAGUUUUCCAAGGAGCAUGAGGAGUACGGUGGAUCUGCAAAAAGAUUGUAUGUGGGGAGAGGGCUUGCCAUUGCUAAUAUGGCGUUUUGGUGCUUCAAUUUAUUUGGGUUCUUGCUGCCUGUCUAUCUUCCUAGGGCUUUCAAGAAGUACUACUCCGCCCAUAAACUGAAAGAUUAUUGAUCUUCAAUGUACUAAUUUCUUCUUUGUUUUCCUUUUCGUUUCUUAAUGUCAAAAGAAAAAUAAAUGAAUAAAAGAUCUGCAUAUAAUGUGAA